AUGUCGGCGCCCAACGCCGUCGACGUGCGUCGGAUCGCAGCGCAGGUGGCGGCGCUCGAACAGCAGCGCGCAGAGGGUACGUUGCCCCACGACGACAAGCCGCUUCGCCUCUACCAAGUGAACAGCAGCAGCGGCUUUGUGCGUGUCCUGGAUCAGCAUCCAGAGCCCAUUUCCCAGGACAUGCUCGAUGCGAUUAGCGCAUUCAUUGCGAAGACCGCGGAACAGAGCGAUCGACACGAGACGACCGUAGCUGGGGAGAAGACGAAGACAGAAGCAGACGAGACGACGCGUAAUGAACCGACAGACGCCGUGACAGUCGUUCGCGCAGCAGACACUCGACAUGAGCACGAGAAAAUCGAUACCGGCGACGAUACCGUUCGCGUUUGCGCUAACGGUAACGCUAUUCUCGACGCUAACGUGAGCGUUACUGGGGACACUGUUCUCGCAAGUGAUUGCGCUACGUCGGACGUGCAUCGAGACACUCAUUGUGUCCGCAAGAAGCCACAAGUACGUCAAAGUGCAGAGGACAUUCCAGUGCUAUUGUCGCCGCCAUGGGACAGCGCUGGAGCUGUGAAACAGCUAACGGAUCUAUUGGAUUGCAACGAGAAAGUGAGUGACAUUCUGGACAAAGAGAUGGCGAUCAACGAUGGGAUUCGGACGUUAUCGGAGCCGAACGGUAUCGUGGAAGACGACGAUGAUGACGAUAAUGAUGACGAUGGAGAUCUGGUUGCCAAGAGUGAACACAAAGUUCUCGAAUCAAUGGAUCAGCUGAAGCUAUUGGAGCAGUGGCCACCGCAGCUAAAGGCGCGACGAAAGGUGUGGUUCGUGCCUCCAGUUGCUGGCAGAAAGACGAGGGACGUGCGUGUCGAGCAUCGGUCGGUUGUGUAUUGGAUGCACAACACGCUGCGAGUGAUGCAGGGAAACUACGGGCUCGAAGCUGCUAUUCUGCUGUCACGACGCUUGACGGCACCGCUGGUGGUCGUGUGUCUCGUGUCGUCCUCUAUUGUGCACCCGGUCUGUCACGCAACGACUGCAAGCGACGCAUACGCAAGGUACUCGCUCGUCGAGCUGUAUCAGCAGUUCAAGCAGGCUGGCGUGCCGUUCUUUGGUCUUACCGCUACAGAAAGCGAGAGACUGGAAUUGACGCAUGGUCCGCAUGUGCUGUCUCCGAAGCCUCAUCCGCUGUACGAGUUGAUGGAUGCAUUUGAACCACACGCGGUGGUAACUGACGCUAUGUUUGACCCCUCGGGUCGACGAGAUGUGGCGCACUUGGCCCGUUACUUAGAGCUGCAUCGAUCUUCUUGCUCGUGGUCUUUGCUGUCAAUGGAUUCCAUGACGUGCUGCCCUGCGUACCAACUGUCGAAGAAACUCCAGCGCACGUUUGAGCAUGACAGCAUGUUUGCCAGUGAAGAAGACUUCGGAGCCGAGUACGCAUCAUGCAUGGAACCUCGCAGUGAAGUGUACGUCUUUAGUUCCUUGCCCCGUGCUGGCGCGCUGGAUGCCGCUGCGAAUAAACGACAUUCGGAAAUGGUGUCUGCUGUUGUGCAACGGCUCCACUUGGAAGAGAUCAACUGGCAAGUUGUCAGGGCAGAAAAUGUGCAGUCAAAUGCUCGGAUGCGACGGUUUAGUGAAGGAGAAGGGCUCCAGAAGCUGAGCCAGCUUUUGUCCGAUCGAAGCAGCCAGCCAGCGAUUCAGACAGAGCUGCACGGCGGGGGUGUCCUGAGUCUAUUGCCAUUCAUUCGUCAUGGCACAUUGUUCGUUGGCUACGUUUUACGACGCAUGGAUGAAGCAAUCACUUCGUGCCCGACCCCGACGACCCCGCACAAACGAAAAGCGCUUGCGAUGCGGAAGGUCAUGCGGUCUCGAGCCGCGCAUCACCUAGCCAGAGAGCGCGACUAUGCCCUGUACUUGUCCCUCUGGUCGACAUCGAGCACCUCCAUGGAUCCCGGUGGAUCGGGUCCAAUCGAUAUCGCACUGCUCUCUACAAGCGAGAUUAUUGCAGGACUAAGGAGCGACGCACCCCGACCCUCGUCUUUGGAGGCGUACCAGAAGAUACUGCCUGCGUGGGCUUGCAGCGCAGCCAGAAUGGCGGACAAUUGCAACGACCACGUGACGGGUGCAGCCAGCUACGAUCCGUUCGAACUAGAAAGUGCACGAACAAACGAUUCUUACUGGAAUGAAAUCCAAAAGUUGCUCGUCGAGCAGCAGUAUUUGCACCCUCUCUUGAUUGUUUACUGGGCGUACCGAGUAUUCACAUGGAGCGUGUCUUGUCGAGCAGCGGUUGCGACAGUCGAAUCUCUCAUUUCCCAGUGCGCGCUCGGGUCGUGCGGUUCGCCUGAUGCUGUGUUUGUCGUAUGGAAAUUGCUGUUUCGUCUCGGAUCAAACAGCACGAACGCGACCAGCGUCGGUGACAGCAAGACAAAUGCAACUCCAGAACAUCUUCGGCAAUUCCAACAGACUCUAGAGAACGAGCUCGCGUCGCAACCAAAGCUGCAGCUACGUUCGUAG